GACCGGAGAAAAGGGGACGAACAAACGGGAGGAGGGGAGGCCUGCCACCUCCCUCCUUUGCUCGCUGACUUGCUCCCUCCCGGUCUGCGGCUGCUGCAGCGGCGGCGGGACUCAAGGCUGGCGGCGGGUGCGACUGAGACCGACUGAGACUGCGGGAUUUGCCACUGUCUCUGCUGUUUCCUCCUUCCCCUCUCCCUCUCUCAUCUCAAGGGGCCCUCUCCCCUUUCCCAUCUCAAGAUGGCAGCCAGCAGCUCAGAGGUUUCUGAAAUGAAGGGGAUAGAAGACAGUCCCAAGACAGAGGGAGACGCACCUGGCCACUCUGAAGCUGAAGCGGGUCCUCACCAGGUUGUAGCAGAUACCCCAAAUCAGCCAGAGGCCCUGCAGCCAGGCUCAGACAUCACUGUGGACUCAGAGCCCAAGGCUGGCCUGGCCAGGGAUAUCACAGAGACCCCAGCUGAGGCCCCUGAAACAGCCCAGACCACAGACCUCAGUUUAAACCCAGGAGGGGAAGCCAAAGCCAGCUCCAGCCCUAAAGAGGCAUGCCAAGAGCCAGUAUCCAAACCUGAGAUGAACAAAGAACCUGCUGCAGAGCAGGAGUCUGAACAGAAAUCUGCAGCCCCUCCUCAACCAGCCUCAGAACCUGCUUCCCAGUUAGAUCCCCAGUCAGACCCUCAGCCUGCCCCCAAACCAACCCUUCCACCAGAGUCCCCUACCCCGGAGGUCCUGACAGAAAGUAUGGGGGAGAAGCAAGAGAAUGGGGCAGUUGUUCCUCUGCAAGCUGGAGAUGGAGAAGAAGGCCCAGCCCCCCAACCUCACUCAUCACCCUCAACAAAAACACCCCCAGUCAACGGGGCACCCCCCCGUGUACUGCAGCAGCUGGUUAACGAGGACCGAAUAGGAAGGGCUCACAGUGGGCAUCCAGGAUCUCCCCGAGGUAGCCUGAGCCGACAUCCCAGCUCCCAGCUGGCAGGGCCUGAGGUAGAAGGGGGUGAUAGCACCCAGAAACCUCGAGACUACAUCAUCCUUGCCAUCCUGUCCUGCUUCUGCCCCAUGUGGCCUGUCAACAUUGUGGCCUUCGCUUAUGCCGUCAUGUCCCGGAACAGCCUGCAGCAGGGGGACGUGGAUGGGGCUCAUCGUCUGGGCCGAGUGGCCAAGCUCUUAAGCAUCGUGGCAUUGGUGGGGGGGGUCCUCAUCAUCAUCGCCUCCUGCGUCAUCAACUUAGGCGUGUAUAAGUGAGGGGCACUGCCCUGCAUUCCAAGACUUUUCUUCCUGUUGAGAGCUGCCUUGGGCCCAUCCCUCCCUGGGGGAAGCCCAGUGGAUGGCCCUGGCCCCCAUCCCUAGGGACCAAGGGAGCCUAAACACCCUUGUUUACAGCUUCUUUCCUGCUCCUGCAUCCUGCCAGGCUCCCCUGUCAACCGUAGGCCUCUCUUUGCACUGUUUCCAACCUCCCUGCACUUCUGCUUGCGGAUGGCCCCUCCUGCCUCUUAGCCUCCCUACCUCUUUGCACUCUGGAAACCCCUCUGCAUUUCUGGAAACCUCCCUGAACAUCUCCCAAACUCCGUGCUCUUGGCCUCCUGACAUCUCUUCCAGUCUCGGAAUCCUCUAACCCUCAACCCUCCUGCUCCCAAUUUUCACUGUCUUGGCAUCAAACCCAAUCUUUUCCUCCAUCCUUUUUUUAACACUCCACCUUCAUCACCACGUCCUCCGCCCCUUUCCUCUUUCCGCCUUCUCAUCUCCCCCUCUUCCCCCCCCCGCCCCCCCUCCUCCCCGCGCAUCCUCUUCACCCUCCUGCCACCAUUUAUUUUGCAAAAAACUCCUGUACUUAGAUCAGGCGUCGGGGGGAGGGGGUGAGGGUGGAAUAUGACGCCCUACCUAGCCCAGGGCUCCGACUGUUCUUGGCUGGGACUACCCUGGCUCGGACCCCCGCCCCCUAAAGCGCCUAUUGGGUCACUAAGCUGGCAAGCCACGCCUCGCCCGGGUGUACUUGCAUAAGGGUGGGAGUCAGGUUCUGAACUUGCAGUGGGAUACAGAGGGCUGAGAGUUGAGGUUGAGUUGACCUGCACACCUGGGCUUUUUAACCUGUUUCUUUCUUGAAGGUGUCGGGGAUUCAGGGUUUUCACAUGAUUUGUAACCGAAGAAUCCACACACACACACACACACACACACACACAAAGGACCAAAGCUCCCAACUGCAGGGAGCAAGGGAUCUCUGCCAUUAUUUUCUAAAGAGGACGAGGGAGGGGAGGGUUGAUGCUCGCUACAGCCCGCUGAGGUGGCAGGCGGGGAGCCAGCUGCAACGCAUUUCGUAGUUGGUGGGAUUUUUUUUUUCUUAUAAGUCUUGGGGGAACUAAAAUUCCUUUUAAAAAAAGAUAUACCAAAUUGAUUCUCCAUUUUUGUAUGCUGAAUGCUGCAUGAAUCGUAAUACCAAUAAACGGAUAAUGCAUGAGA